AUGCCUGUAACUCCUAUUCGCCGCCGUAGUUUGCGCGCCGCUCGCCAGCUUGAGGCCGGAACUCGAUUCCGGCGAAACGGUUUCCUUUAUUUUCGGCGGCGGUACGGCUGUAUGGCCAGCAGGUAUGGCUGGAGCCAGACAAAUAUAUCAAUAAUGGCUGCCAUGAUAUGGCAGACCAUGUCCGCGGGGCAGCGAGCCCCUUUCGAGGCCGAAGCGGCAUUGGUGGCAGCUUUACUGAACUCGGACCGCCGGCAAGACCUGGGCGGUGGGUUGGGAAUGACCACCGAGUGGUUAGAGGACGUGUUUUUUUUGAUAAGGAUUUCGCCUCGGCAAAAUUAA